AUGCUUCAGACGCAGCAUCUUUACUCGCACCAGCAACAGUACGUCCAGCACGACCAGUCGGCGUGGCAGCACAAUGGUCCUCAGCAAGGUCAUCAGAAUCUGAACCAUGGACAACAGCAAGCUCAGGCGCAAGCCGCUGCAGCUGCAGCAGCCGCCGCUCAACAGCAACACUACAGUCGGAUCGCGAUGAAUCAAAAUCAUAAUUCUUCCCACAGUCAAGCCAACAACCGGCAGUCUUCGGGCGACAACGCGCAAAGUUCUAUGGGUGCCUCCCUCGGAGCCAUGAAUGAUCGAGGGUCCCCUGGGAUGGAACAGCAGCUUUCAGAAGAGAAUCGCAAAGUUUUACAAUGGGUGGCAGAAUUGAUGGAUCCGAAUCGACGUGAGGGAGCGUUGAUGGAACUGAGCAAGAAGAGGGAACAAGUUCCCGAGCUCGCUCUGGUCCUUUGGCACAGUUUUGGUGUCAUGACCAGUUUGCUCCAGGAGAUCAUUUCCGUCUACCCACUACUGAAUCCGAGUCAACUUACAGCCGCUGCCAGCAACCGUGUCUGCAACGCUUUGGCUUUGUUGCAAUGCGUAGCAAGCCACAACGAGACUCGCGGCUUAUUCUUGAACGCGCACAUUCCACUAUUUCUCUAUCCUUUCCUCAACACAACAUCGAAAUCGAGACCGUUCGAGUAUCUCCGACUCACUUCUUUGGGCGUGAUUGGUGCCCUGGUCAAGAACGAACCCUCUGCGAGUGUUUCAAUCAACUCGGUCGGAACACCAGGGAAUACGAACAAUUCGUCUCCCACAAUCACUUUUCUCUUAACCACUGAAAUCAUACCUCUAUGUCUGCGCAUCAUGGAAACAGGCAGUGAAUUGUCGAAAACGGUGGCCAUUUUCAUCGUGCAGAAGAUCCUACUGGAUGAUACUGGCCUCGGCUAUAUAUGUGCCACCUACGAGAGGUUCUAUGCUGUUGGUACUGUUUUGAGCAACAUGGUCAUUGGCUUGGUGGAAACACAGACCGUCCGUCUGCUGAAGCACGUUGUUCGAUGCUUUCUCAGGUUGAGCGACAAUAAUCGCGCUCGCCAAGCCCUUCGACAGUGUCUUCCGGAGCCUCUUCGAGAUGCCACGUUUUCCAACGUGCUGCGCGACGAUGCCGCCACAAAACGAUGCCUUGCCCAGCUGCUCAUCAACCUUAGCGACACCGUCACCGACACACAAAACGACCAAUUUGAGUAG